ACAGCUGACAGCCAGUGUGUGCCGCGACUCUGAUAAGGGAGGUUGUACGUCUCCUUCUCUCGUGCAAACUGACAGUACUCUUGCAAAGUUCAUUUACCUUCCAGUUAACACAUACACCAAAGUCCUCCUAAGCCUGUUGAGCAAGUUAGCGAUCAGUGGAGGGAAAGGAUUACUGUGGAUUACCAAUACAACUUAAGACGCCACCCACAGCAGUGAAUGAUCAUCCUUGACUGGAGGCAACGUUUGACGGUACUGUCCAGGAGCAAGGCCCGGGGUGCAGGGUGACCAAUGGCGCCUGCUGACCUGUGACCAGCAGGACUUGGCCGGCACGCUAUGUCCAGACCUCCACACACCAGGUAGCGGGUCUUCUGUGGCCAGUAUUACUAUGGUCUCCUCAUCAUGGGGCGUCCUCCUCCUCAUCCUCUUCCCAGCGCUGGUUUCAGGUGGCCCUCUGAAUGCCACUGUGACACGUGGGGGUGUUGAUGACCCCCUUGAUCCACUUCAUGCCCACUUUGAGGAAGUUAGCUCCUACAACAGUCUGGAGACAGAUGGCUCCCUUCACAAGGUAUAUCCGAUGCCUACCACACAACAGGAAAAAGAAAAGGUGGAGAAGUUUGACCCUUCCAGACUGAACUACACAGCAUUGCGUUUGGAAAUAGAUGAAGAACUAGAUCGGUUGAGCAAACGUGAGGGUCGCUUUCUUGGAAAGAACCGUUUGCCGAAGUUUCUUUCAAACUUGGGCAAGUUCCUUGACUUUGAACAAGUAGUGAAGGAGAUUGAGACAUCCAUCAUGUCUAGCAUGUCUUGCAAUGCCUGCAAAGCUGGUGUGGGUCUCCUGCAGCAUUAUGUUCAGAAUGGCAAGACAAGGGAUGACAUCAUCAAGGCAGCCUCCAGGCUCUGCAUGUCUUUCAAGAUUGAGACACCACGAGUGUGCAUGGGCAUCAUAUAUCUAAUGGCAGAUGAAGUGGUUUAUGUAGUAGAAAAAUUAGUAAUGAGUCCAGAUGAAAUAUGUGGCUUUCUGAUCGGAGAUAUUUGUGGCACACCAUACAACCCGUACCAUGAGUGGCGCGUGGCCUUCCCACCUGUGCCCAAACCUCCGAUACCUCAACCUCAACCACCACCAGACGGGAUGCCGACACUGAAGAUCCUUCAUCUUUCCGAUACACAUUUUGAUCCUGAAUACAAAGCAGGAUCGAAUGCUGAUUGUGGUGAACCAUUAUGCUGUCGUGCAAGUUCUGGCUCUGUCAAAUCCCCAGACAAGAGAGCCGGAUUAUUUGGAGAUUAUCGCAAGUGUGACACACCAUUGAGAACCAUUGAAAGCAUGCUGGAAAAUAUUGCUUAUCUACAUCCUGACAUUGACUACAUCAUCUGGACGGGUGAUCUUCCACCACAUGAUAUUUGGAAUCAGACGAGAGAGAGUAAUUUGAUCAUUUUGAGAUCAACUGUUCAGCAGCUCAUGGAUUACUUUCCUUACACCCCAAUAUUCCCAGCGCUGGGUAACCACGAAGCUGCUCCUGUAAAUAGUUUUCCUCCGCCCUUCAUCUUGGGAGAUUAUAGCAUCAGCUGGCUGUACGAUGACCUGGAUCGACAGUGGCGACGCUGGUUGCCAUCAGACACUUCUCCGUCAGUUAGAAAAGGAGCUUUUUACUCUGUUCUUGUUCGACCUGGCUUCAGAAUAAUAUCACUAAACAUGAAUUACUGCAAUAAUAAGAACUGGUGGCUACUGAUAAACUCAACUGACCCAGCACAGGAGCUUCAGUGGUUCAUCUAUGAGUUGCAGGGAGCAGAAGACAGAGGAGAGAAGGUGCACGUCUUGGGCCACAUUCCCCCCGGCCACCAUGACUGCCUCAAAACUUGGAGUCAUAAUUACUACACUAUCAUUAACAGAUAUGAAUCAACCAUUACUGCUCAAUUCUUUGGACAUACUCACUUUGAUGAAUUUGAGCUGUUCUAUGAUGAGUACGAACGCCAUCGUGUGACAAGUAUUGCUUACAUUGGACCAUCUGUAACAUCUUACUAUAAACUUAAUCCAGGCUACAGAAUAUACACUAUUGAAGGAGACUAUGCAGGAUCCCAAAAGCGUGUGUUGGACCAUGAGACGUGGGUCAUGAAUCUCGAUGAGGCCAAUAGAGAUGGAAUCCCAAGAUGGUACCAGCUAUAUUCAGCUAAAAGAGCUUACAACAUGAGAAAUUUACUUCCAGAAGAGUGGAAUGGUUUAGUUUAUAAGAUGGCUUUAGAUGAUGAUCUCUUUGAAAAAUACCUCAGAUUUUAUUGGAAGAACUCUGUGGCACGAGAAGAGUGUGAUGCAGAGUGCAAGAAGCGAAUGUUGUGUGAUUUGAAAUCUGGCAGGUCUAACGACCGCAAGAAUACAUGCGCCAAGAUUAACAAACAAAUAGAAAACCGAGAAUGGAAGGAUUGGAAGAACUGGAUCUUCUCCGGCCUAACUAUCACGUCCCUAGCAGUGGCUGUACCAGUAGCUGCCAUCGCCAUACCAAAGCUCAUACUUUUUUUCCUUCUCUGACCUCGUCAUUCAAGUUGACCUUGACUGGCAUGGCUCCGACUCAGUCAAUUUGACUUCAUAAGAAGAUUAACUGAUUAUUUGAAGAUUAGUGCAAACAGAACUAUAUAUAGCCUUCAAGUAAAUUGUGUGAAUGGUGUACACGUGUAUUUAUUGUGUGAGUUUUUUCCUGUAGUUAUGUAUAUAUACAUAUAUUGACUAAAAAUAAAUACUAACAUUGAUGUGUACUGAGACAGACUGGAUUUUAUUUUAUAGGAAAUAAUUGCAUUUCUUUAUAUAAUUGCACAACUCUGUAAAUAAUACUAUAAGAUGGUUAGUUAUUUAAAUUAUACAUGCACACAUACAUUAUACUUUCCCUAUUUCCCAUUGCCAUGGGGGUGGGAAAUCACCAGCCCAGGCAAAAGGGAAUAUUAUACUGAUAGUGAAAGCAAGUCAAAGAUAUUAAAACACGUAAAGAUAACUUGUCCAUUCAUAAUAACACUAACCAUAUACAGUAUAGCACCACAGAUACAGUAAAGGAGCACCACCACAAUGCAGCAGUCAUCCACAGUAGCACCCCACUACAUCAUAAAAACAGGUGUAUAUGUCUCAUGAAUUUUCAUAUAUAAUAGGAACAAAUACAUUCACUCUCUCUUCUUAUUUACUUGGAUUUACCUGAGGACCACCAUCUCUACUGGCCUCGCCGGAAGUAUGAAGUUAGUAGCUUGCCAAAGGACCAUCAUUAUUACAGGGGAUAUUUUUUCAGCUGCAUUUUAAAUGAGUUCUGUACUGUCUUGGCAUUUAUGGCUUUGACAAGUAAGGGUUUCCAUGAGUUUAUUACCUUAUGUGCAAAAAAUCAUCUGUUGUCUGCCUUAGUGUGUCUGUUGAAAUUGAAGCCAUUACCUCUUGUGCGAGUUAUAUUGGACCUAUUGAUAUAUUUCUUUAGUGUUUACUCAGAUAUAUUUCUGUUAGUGUCUACUCUAAACAUUUCUCAAGUACUGUUCAUUAAUCCACUUAUAUAAUACACUUAUAAGUUGACACACUUAUAAGCCCAUGAUUAAGACCUUAAAUGGAUUAGAUCCAAAAUAAGUACCACCCUUACCAAGUACAUUAACACCAUAAACCUCUCUUAGAGCAUCUUUUUCCUACCUAGCUUUUUUAACUAUUUACUGUAGUUGUUGACUGAUAACCUAUCAGUCAAACGAUGGUAAACACUUUACCGUCUUUUGACUGAACCAACCAGACGUAAACUCUGGCAAGAGCCACAUCUAGUCACCUAAAGUUGAAGUUAGAAACUCAAACCUUCCAGGGUCUUAAUGCACCACUAAUACAUACUAAAAACAACCUAAUUGUUUUAUUUAAAGUUUGCCCAAAAUGCACUACGUAUUAGUGACUUUAUGCAUUGUACAUAUCUUACCUAUGUGUCUUCCUUUGUUCAUGUAUCAUAUUUGUGUACACUUGUAUAAAUAAAAUAUUAAUACAGUA